GUCACCCUCCGGAGCAAAUCCGCAGUUCUUCUCUGAGCCCUCCCCAAGUCCUCGCCAAGCGAAUGGAGAUGAAGUGAAGAAACCCCGAAACUGAGUCCAAAGAUCCCGAUCAGUCCCGAGGUGGAGGCUCUAUUUCUAUUUGUGAACUCUUCGAGGUCAAAGUUCCAGUCUCCUACAGCCUUGGGAUAACACUACUUGAUCUAUUACAGAAUCAAGUAUAAUGGUAAAUGCAUUUUAGACUCUAAGAGGAUUUAUUAUUGGAAGUACACCAAAGAUAUCAUUACAGCAUUAUUCCACCUGCAACAUAGUACUGUGACAUGGACUUCAGGGACAGUACUACAUCAAGACUUGAAUAUAUUUCUUCUGGAUUCCUCUCCUACCUACUUCCUAGUGUGGUGCUUAGUAAACAGAACGACUUUCUUUUUAAAUGUUGUUGACUGACAAAUGCCUUCAGAGGUAGGUGAAACUGCCAUCCUCUGUCUCACAUCAGAGGAUCAGUUAUUUGUAUUCAUACUUCACAUUGUAUCACAUUCCCCAUCACUCCUGUGAACCAGUUUUACCAUCCUGUCCCUCUGAAAUAAACACAAAGGACAUAAACAUUGAAGCCAGCGAUUUUUGCCUGGAAGUAGGGUUACUGCCUGCCUCUGCUCAUUCAUCUUCAAAGUCUAUCAUGCCUACAGCCCUUUGCCCUAGAGUCUUAGCCCCAAAGGAGCGAGAGGAACCCAUUAAAAUGAGAAACCCUCGAGGGCAGGACCCUACCCCACAGGCAGACCCCCCUGGCCCCGAAUCCUUCCGAAGGCUCUUCCGACGUUUCCGCUACCAGGAAGCUGCUGGUCCCCGAGAGGCUCUAAGACGGCUUCGGGAACUCUGCUGGGGUUGGCUAAGGCCAGAACAACAUACCAAGGAGCAAAUUCUAGAGCUCCUAGUGCUGGAGCAGUUCCUGACCAUCCUGCCUGGAAAGAUCCAGAAUUGGGUGCGAGCCCAGGAGCCAGAAAGCAGUGAACAGGCAGUGGUUGUGGUGGAGGAUUUGGAGACAGAGCCUGGGAGACCAUGGCAGUGGCUCCAGCUCUCUGAGGAUCCUGUGGUGAUUGAUGAUGGUGAUGGUUCCCCUGUUCUAGUUCGGGGGCCGGAACAGGAAAGACUCUUAUCAGAGACAGCAUCCCCUAUGGCAGCAUCAGAGCCCUCAAACAGCCUGGCAAAGAGGCGAGUCUGUCAUCCUCCAUCCCAAGAAGAAGGACUGGGGAACCCAAACCCAAGAUCAGCAGAGCAACUCAGCAGGAGCACUGAUGAAGGGCCUCCAUUCACAAAAGAAUCAGGGAUGGCUCUCUGGGAGGAGGAGGGAUAUUUUGGGAAAAUUUCUUUAUUUCCUGACGAAGGGACCUCUGAAGACCAGGAAAAAGUGACUUCACUCCAUUUGUCCCAGAACCAUGUGACUCAGCUCAAGGAUGUGAUCCUGUGUUUCUCUGAGGAAGAGUGGUCUCUUCUGGACCCUGCUCAGACUGGCUUCUAUGGAGAAUUCAUCAUAGAGGAGGACUAUGGAGUCUCUCUCCCCAUGAACUAUCCAGGUCCCCAGCCAGUCCCAGAGAGAAUAAAUGAAUUGCCCAAGGUCAUGCAACUACCAGAUUCCCGGGUAGAAGAGGAUGAGCCAUGUGUCCCGGAAUUCCAGGGCCCCCAGGAUAAGGAGAUCCCCAAAACUACUUGUACAGGAGAGAGUAACAUGAACAAGAAGGAGAUGCCUCAGCAGAAAAAUCUAGGAGAGGAAGUUUCCAUUGAGAUUGUAUUAUCCAGUUCUGGAGAUGAGGAUCCCAAACAGAGCCAGUCCUGCAGAGAAGAUCUUCCAGUCUCCAAGAGGAGGAGACGCAACCCUUCCCUACCCCACAAGAAUAAUAUGACUGACUUCAGAGAUGCUGUCCAUUCUCAGGUUGAGACUACAUCAAGGAAACCUUACACAUGCCCUGAGUGUGGAAAAAAUUUCCGCUGGAGGGCAAACUUCAUCAGGCAUCUCAAGAGCCGCAAGGAAGAGAAGAAAGUUCAUGAGUGUCCCGUCUGCCGGGAAACAUUCACUGAGAGUGAGGAUCUUAAAGAACACCGGGAGACCCAUGAAACUAAGAAGCCCUACAUAUGUGGCGAGUGUGGGAAAAGUUUCCGCCUCAGUUCCCAUCUUGUCUCCCACAGCAGAAUACAUACCCAGGAAAAAGGGCCUGAACUAAGCAAGAAAGAGCAGCAAGGGUCAUCAACUUCAUCUAGUCCGACAGAAGAAAUUACAAAUCCUAGCACCUUAUUUGGAGAGGAGAAGAGAGAACAAACACACAAGUGUUGUUUUUGCGGAAAAGCCUUUGAGCAGCAUGACCACCUGGUCCAGCACAGCAGCAUUCACACAAAAGAGAAGUCCUUGAAAUGUCGGUACUGUGUCAAAAGUUUCUUUCAUAAGCAUGAUCUCAUUCGACAUCAGCGAGUACAUAUGAAGAGACGCUCUAAGCAAGCUCUGAACUCAUACUAAAUGUCUUUUUACCCCAGUAUGCUGGGAACAUUAGAAAAAAAGCCUUAUGUCACUAGGUCACUGUGAUCUCACCAUUGUGACUCUGUUAACAACUUUACUGAAUUGUGCCACUUUGUUUGCUGAAUCCCACACCAACGCAGACUUAUUUCAUUUCUCUUCGUUCAUACACACACACACACAGAAACCAUAUAAUUAUUAUUCCUUCACUCUGCAUCAGUGCUCAUAUAGCAAUACAGUAUUCAAUAGGCAUACAAAACGUGAGUAAUACAGUCAGUUAGCUUCUCUUCCCCCCUCCCCCACCAUGGCAAAUAAUUGUUGUCCAUUUCCCCCCACAUCCCCCUCCAUUCUCAUUAUACUGAUUUGGAAAUGAAAUUAAUCCAUUGCUUUGGCAUCUUAUAGAUGAAUUCAGAUAAACCUGGAGGACCAUUUUUUUCCUUCCCUUAUGAGCUUCUUUCUGGCCUCCAAUCCCUUUAAACUUAAUCUUUCUUACUGUAGCUCUCUGUUUUUAGUUAGAAGGCUCCAGAGCAUGAGGUAGUAUCCACACCUGAGAUUCUUCUAGUAGCCAUGGCUAGAGGAUGCUCAGUAAAUAUAGGCUUUACUGACAGAACCAACAUAAAGUUCAAGCCUCCUAAUCAAAGUAGGACAACUUUCAUUAGACUUUACCACCCCUUGAAGCUGCCUUCCUCUCCAAAGCAGGUCAAGCAAAUCCUUAUGCUAAGCCAACAGAUAGUAUCAGGUCCUUGCUGUUCUCUCCUCCUUACUCCUCAGUGUCAUCAGUGCAAAUGAUAACCUCUCCUUUCUGACCCCCAGUACUUACAACAUGGCCCUACAAGCUGCUGAGGGAAUUUUAUUUCCCUUAAUUUCCAAGGCCAUUUUGUGGCUACUCAAGGCUACUGCGUAGGUUAGGAAAACACUUCAUAUUUGUUAUGUUUUGUCUUCCCAUUAGACAUGUUGCAUUCUAAAUUUCAUGUGGCCAAGCUCCUCUUAACUCACAUUUACGUCUUCUAGUGCUUUGCACGUAGAAAGUAUCUCUUGUUUAUAUUUUGCUUUAAAAGGCCAAAUUUUGAUAUGGGUAGAUAAUUCUUUUCUCCCAUCCUUCACAUAUAAAGCAGAGCCUUCUGGGUAAACUCAUGAAUUUGAACUGAUAGUGCAAGUAUAAAUCAGGGAAGCUGAGCAAAUUACUACCAACUAAUAGUAUUUAAUGGCCUUGGUGUAACUUAAGCCCAGGAAUACUCAACUACAUAUAUAUAGAGAAGUAAUCAACAUUGGAGCCUAGCACUCAACCCUCUAGUUACUUUGGAACCUUAAACCAAGAUAUUUUUCCUCUCAUAAGCGUACACUUCUUUAGGGAGAAAAAUUCCACCCAUACUUAAAUGGCCAGUGGUAGAUAGUGCUCUUCCAAGGAAUGGGUAUGAGACUAAGCACAAAGGAGGGGGAGUAUAUGAGUAUAUAUAGAUGUGUAUAGCUUAUAAAGCCACACAUAAAAUAUUUUUCAUGCUGGAUGUUGGAUGACAUCAUAUUAAUCUCAAGGGAUACUGUAAGAUUCAGAAGGUAAGAACAUGUUCUCUCCAUGACCAUAUAAUUUUUGUAAGCUAGAAAAAGAAAUACACCUUAUAAUGCUGUAGGAGAGAUACAAGUAUUUUAUGUCUAAGUGGGUAUCAGUUGCUUAGUGUUUUGUUUUGUUUUGAUCCAAAGAGAUUCUUUUUGGCAAGUUUUAUCAGGCUAAAGAAAGAAAUUUAAAAUUCGUAUUAUUAAUCAAUAAAACCAGAUAGCAUUGCCCUCACCUAGAAUACAGUCCCUGAUUUAUUCAAAAAGAAGACCUUAUACAAUUGGAAAAAUGAAAACAGCAUGCCUUGGUUAUUGAAGGAAGUAAUGCCCAAAUAACUGAAUGCUCUCCAAGGUACCAUCUUAAGAAUAGGCAGGUUAAGAAUCACAUUACCUCAGUCUGACUUUUUUGGAGUGUUCCUGACAACCAUUUUCCAGUGUUAUCCCACCCAUACCCCUUCUCUGGGUUAGAGAAUCCCUUUUUUCAAUAGGGAAACAUCCUCUGAAGAGUAGGUCAAAGGUAACUGAGGUAAGGCUAGGUACAAUACUUCCUCCUACUUAGAAAAGCAGAACUAGGAGUAGGGAACAACUUUCUAUGUAAUUUUUCAACAUUUAUUGAAAGUUAAGAUUUACUGACUUGCAAACUCCCAUUCCUUCCAGGCUUUUAUUGUUCUUGGAAUCCUUACACUGAGCUCCAUACCCUCCAAGAACCUUUAAGUAAUAUAGGCUUUAUUCCACUCCCAGGAAUUAGUCUCCCUAACCCUUCCCAACUAGGAAGGAAAAAAAUAAUUGUCCCAAGGGACAGUUAAAGUGACUUUGUCAGCAGUGGCUUUGAUUUAUGCAGUGGGCAUAAGUGAAAACCUGACUUCUAAUGGUGGAAACAUUGUGAAUUGUACCACACAUGUUACGAAUUUCCUGAAUUGCUUUAUUUGUAAAAGUACAGGGAAAGGUUUACUCCAGUCUAGUGGGAAAUGCACUGGGUCUGGAAUAUCGGUUUCUGUUCUGAAGUUCUAAUAUUGACUAGCUAUGAGACCUUGGCUAAGUCACUUGCCUGUUUCUUUCUCUGUGUAUGUAGGCAUUCUUGCUCUAUCAACUGGGACAGUAUGAAGAUAAAAAUGAAAUUAUAGAUAUUAAAGUAUUUCAGUAAAUUAAA